AUGUUUAUAUGGUAUAUCCUAUUAUUAAUUAUUUCUUAUGUUUAUUCAAUUGAAUUUAAUUUAAAUGAAAUAAAUAAUAAAAAUAAAAAUAAUCAAUUUGUUAUUUAUCCAUCUUUAUAUUUAUGUAAUAAUGGUUCAUUUUCAUUUGAAUUUCGUACAAAAACAAAAAAUGGUUUACUUUUUUAUACAUAUGAUAAUAAUUAUUAUAAUGAUGAUUCAAUACUUAUAUCAAUAUAUAAUGGAAAAUUAAUAGUUGAACAAAAAUUUGGAAAAAAUAAAUCAUAUGAAAAAUUUGAACAAAUAAUUAAUGAUAAUAAAUGGUAUAAAAUUGUAUUUAAAAAACGUUCAUCAUUAAUAAUUGAAAUUUUACUUUAUACAGUUGCUUUAAGAAAUGUUGAAAAUCGUAUAAUAAAAACAAAAAUUUUAAAUUAUGUACCAUUUACAACAUUAAAUAUAAGUUCAUCAGUUUAUAUUGGUGGUUUACCAUUAAAUAUAUUUAAUAAAAAAUAUAAUUCAAAUGAUUUUUUAUUUUCAUCAUAUCAAGGUUAUAUACGUAAUCUUCGUUAUGGUUUAUGUGGAUGUCCUGAACGUAUUCAAUAUCCUAUUUUUUCAUCAUUAUCAAAUAAUUAUCAAUCUGAAGUAUGUGAACAACAAAUAUCAUUAUGUUCAAGUUCAUCAUGUGAAUGUUUAAAUGUUGAUGAAGAACCACGAUAUCAAUGUGAUUGUAGCAAUAAAACAUGUAGUAUUUUAACUAUGAUGAAUAACAAUCUUAUUCAAUAUAAAAUUGAUUUUACAUCUGUUGAAUAUAUAUCAAAAAGUGACGCAAUAUCAUUUACGUAUGGUACAUAUCCAAAUAUUUUUAAUGUUAUUAAAAAAAAUGUUAAAACAAAUUCUAAUGAAAAUAAUCUUAUAACAUUUUCACCUAUUCAUAAUCAAGAUGAUAAUUGUAUGUGGAAUUUAAAUAUAUGUUCAACAGAUUUAAUUUUAACAUUUAUUUUUUCAAUUGAACAUUUUAAUAAUUCACAAACUAUUUUUACACAAUAUUUAAAAAAUGAUGCAUCAAUUCAUAUUAAUUUUAUUGUUUUAAAUUCAUCAUCAUCAAAUUUACAUUUUGAUCUUUGGUUACCAUUUAAUCGUGGUAUUUUACGUACACAAAUAACUGAAUUUCCUUAUCAAAUACCAUUAUUUAUUAAUCUUGUUUAUCGUUCACCAUUAUCCUUAUCUGUUUUUCUUUUUGGCCAACUUAUAGAUUAUACAACAAGUUCGAUUUAUAUUCAAUCGAAUAAGCCAUCUUCAUUAUCUUCUUCAUCUUUUAAUACAUAUGUUGAUUUUCACUCAAUAUCUUGGUCUUAUCAAAAGCAACCAUUUGAAUGUUGUGCAUAUAUGCACAAUGAUGAGCGUUUUAAACGAGAUACAACAAAUCUCGAUUUAUGUCAAUGUAAGUCUAAAAAAGAAUAG